AUGGCUCGCCAGGACUCCCUCCACUGGACUGCGGAUCCCCGGUUCUCCUACUUGAGGAACCCUCCCCUCUGGCAUCGCCGCCGAACCAACUUCUGCCUGAGGGCCCCCAAGUCCAAGAUGGAUAAGCGCUCCGCAAACGAACGUCACAGCCAGUGGCAGUGGCAAGGCUCCGAUCAGGCCCGUGAUGGCUUCGCCCCCAUGCUUGCCGAGUCCGUGUGCCUGCCGUGGGCAGUGUACUCGCGUACUUGGUCCCGUCUGCGAGCCGCCCUAGCGGGAUACGAUGCCCUGAGCGCCAGGCACAAGAAGAAGAGCUGCACCUUCGACUGCACCACGUGUGUUGUCUGCUGCCCAUUCUAUGGCUGCUUCUUUGCCCGCCUUCAAACUACGGUCCGCACCUUUUACGGCAUCAAGGGGACGGACGCACACGACUGGCUUGAUGGCUGUUGCUGCCCCUGCUGCACCCUCAUGAGGAACGAGCAGGAGAUUCUUCUCCGGGAGAAGCAUCACAAGCGACUACGGGCCAUACAUGACCCUGACGGCUCUGUCACCAGCCAGUAUCAGUCCUACCUGCCCAUGAGUUACACGUGUUCCAAGUCUGCCACGGGCUCUCCAAAGGUGGCCCCCAUGCGCCCCGAGAGCCCCCGGCCAGCCGACAAGCAGCCCGCAGGCAAGUCUCUGCAGCAAGCCACCGAGAAGCAGACCUCGGCUGUUCCCCUUGUUCAGUACCUACAGAAGCAAUAG